AUGCGUGCCACUCCCAGUUAUCUUUUGGCCUUGCCUUUGGCGCUCGCCAGACCGAGCCAUGUGGCGCGUACCGAUCCAGCGCCGCUUCUUCAGCCCCUGGAUGCGCCAGUCAUACCUGGACAGUAUAUCGUCAAGAUCAAGGAUGACGCUCCCAGUGUUGCUCUCGAGGGCGUCAUUGACAUUCUCAGCGGUCCUCCCGAUCAUAUCUACCGGGCUAAGGGCUUCAGUGGAUUUGCAGCCAAACUUGACGACGCGACUCUCAGUUCUCUGCAGAACGACCCAAACGUUGAGUACAUCGAGCAGGACGCAAUCAUCACUCUCGACUCGUACGUCACGGAGGCGAAUGCGACCUGGGGAAUCUCCCGCAUUUCCCAGGCAGCACCGGGAAUCAGCGACUACAUCUAUGACGACAGCGCUGGCGCCGGGACUUGUGCCUAUGUAAUCGAUACCGGUAUCUACACGGCCCAUUCUCAAUUUGAGGGUCGCGCCACUUGGCUUGCAAACUUUGUAGAUAGCAUCGAUGAUGACCAGAAUGGCCACGGGACUCAUGUUUCCGGAACCAUUGGCUCCGCCCUUUACGGCGUUGCAAAGCAAACGAAGUUGUACGCUGUCAAGGUCUUGAACGCAGGCGGAUCUGGUACUACAUCUGGUGUGAUCGCCGGGAUUGAUUUCGUUAACAGCGAUUCCCAAACCCGCGACUGCGCCAACGGCACCGUUGCCAACAUGUCUCUCGGCGGUGGUCGUUCAACUUCCAUCAACAGCGCCGCAGCAGCGGUUGUGAAUGCCGGUGUCUUCCUUGCUGUUGCCGCUGGAAACAGCAACGCCGAUGCGCAGAACUACUCGCCCGCCUCAGAGCCGUCAGUGACCACUGUCGGGUCGACAACCUCGGCGGAUGCCAGAUCCAGUUUCUCAAAUUACGGUUCUGUUGUCGACAUCUUCGCUCCAGGAACGGAUAUCCUGAGCACUUGGAUCGGCGGAACGGAGGCUACUAACAUUAUUUCUGGGACUUCCAUGGCAACGCCUCACAUUACCGGGCUUGGAGCUUACCUCUUGACUCUCUUUGGCCAGAAGAGCCCCUCGGAGCUGCGUGAUUUUAUCCAAAGUCUGGCGGCCAAGGAUGUUAUAUCGGGUAUUCCAAGCGGAACUGUCAAUUUGCUGGCCUUUAACGGCCGCCCGUCUGAAUAG